AUGGAAAAUCAAAGACGAUUUUUGCAGCUUGGCCAACGAAGAAAAGAUAAGCUAAGACAAGUCCUUGAACAUCAGUAUGGCGAAGAGGUACUUUUAAAUUAGAAAAUCCUCAUAAUCGAAAAAGCAAUGGCUAAUGUAGAUCAGCUUUUCGACCAAGGCCUCUCAUUUACAGAAAUCCUUCAUCAAUUGCAAAACAAAAUCAAUCAAGAAACUUCCAAUUCUCCACAAAAAUUCCCAGCUGAAAAUAGAGCUUCAGUGUAUAACCAGCAGCAACGGGUUUAUAAUGAUGAAAGAAAAAUCCAUAACGAUUAUCCACCCAUCAAUAAAUCCUACUUCAAUCACCAACAGAAUCAGGAGCUCGCUAGCAAUAACUCUUUUGUCCUCCCUAGAGGAAGAAAUAAUUUUGAUAAACAAAGCUCUGAACGGUCUUUAAGUGAAUGGGACGAAUACGACGAAAUGCGAAGCAGAUUUGAGCUAGAAUUUAAAGGAGUUUCUAAAAAUUUCGAAGAAAUACAGAAAAAAAUUGUUCCUGCUGUUUCUCCAUUUGAAUACAAAGCUAAGCAAGACGAGCUUAAAGCUCUCGAAGCUAUGAAAAUAGGCCAAGCGUUUUAUAAAGAAAAAGAAAUUUAUGACAAAAUGCAUCAUAAACAAGUUCUCACAGAAAACAGAGAGGCACUGCUGAAGCAGAUGAGAGAAAAACAAGAAAUGAUGAAUAAACAAAUGGAAGAAGAUAAAAUAUAUGGAAUGUCUCUUGCGGAACGAAAGAAGCGAGGAGAGCUGAACCAAAUGUAUGACAAGAUGAGAAAUAGAGAGAAACAACGAGAAUAUUAUGUUGCGUUAAAAAAUCAAGUCGAUAACAAAGAAAUAGAGAAAAAAAAAUUUGAUGCUUUGAAAGAGGAACUUAGAAAAGUUCAUAUGUCUAACCCAGAAAUCGGGAUCAGGAACCUAAAUCCUAUAGUAAAAGAUAUCAGUCAAGUGAACAAUCAUUAUUCGCCAAUCAAAGGAAUCAACGAUAGCUUUCGGUACAAUCCUGCCUCAAAUUACUCCUUUUCGACUGAAAGGAGCGCAACACCUGGCCGCAGUGGAUAUCUGGCUCAUUAUGGAAGCCAUGUCUUACAUAAUUAA